AUGUCGGAUUCAGAAAUUUUUCGGCCUCGGACAACCCUAAAGUUACAUCGUUUGAGUAAGAGGAAAUGGGGUAAAUCUGAUGAUGAGGCAAUGUUAAGUUCGGAUUCGGAUGAAGAAGAUGAAAACUGCUUUGAUAUGGAUAACGAUAUCCUAUCGGACAGUGAUUCAUGCGACCCGAUGCCCGUUGCACGUGGUCCUCAGAAGCAUUGGUACAGCAAAGGAUGUAGUCAAAGAUGCAAAUAUCGGAGUCAUUCGUCCAGACGGAUGAAAUCAAACCUGCAGUUUGGUUCGUUGUCCACCAUUUGUCCAGUGAAUCAUUCGUCGUCAUUCGAAUUGAGUAACGACUGUAACGAUGAUACCGACGAUUUGUACUUAGUUGAGCUGAGUUCAGUUCAUUUUGAUUCUGUUUUGUUCUGUUUUGUUCUGUUCUAUGAACUUUCACCAAUAACUGCAUCAAAUGGUGAGGACAAUGGUAAAGAUGAGAAAGCACCAAAGAGUCGUCUACUAUGGAGGCCGCUACAAACUUCAACAACGACAUCGAUGCCGUAUUGUCUUCCAAAAACCAAUCCACAUCACGUAAAGUGUUCACAAGCUCCGUCUUCGACGCCACGUUUAGGACCAUUAGGACCGCUGAGAAGUCUGAAUACCGGUACCGGACACGGUGAUAAACGGCCAAGCAGCUACCAUGAACAACUUUCACCAAAACUUUGGGGCACAACAUCGUCGACAGCGAGUACGACAACAGCUGCUGUACGUCCACGUUCCGAGUAUCCGUUGUUCAACUAUGGUACCAGUUGGAAGCCAGAACAUAUCGGAUUACCAGGUGCUAUGGCCCGUAAAUUGGGCUGUAAAGGCAAAUUGAAUUUAACAAUAUCGCUGUAUCGCCGGUAUAUGACUGUGAACAUUAUUAAGGCAUAUUAUUGUUUGGAUCCUUAUCAACCACCGGCUUCAUCGUUUAUUAAGGGAAGAACAUCGGUUCUUUGGUUAUGCUCAAAGAAGGAGAAAGGCGAUUUUUAA